CUGAAUCUGUUUGCUUCGUGGACCUCUUCUCCUUCGCCUUCCACAGAUAUAAAUUUACAAAACCUCUGCAAACCCUAAUCCCUUCGCUGAAAUCGAAACCGGAUCAAAUCUUCUUACGCCGACUCCGGCGACAACAACUAUCUACACCACUCGACGCUAUCCUGGCUAAUAAAGUCUCAUGGCGAACGGAAAACCCUCAGAUCUGCAGGAAUACGUGCUCCGCUCAGGCGUGCGUUCUGGCCUCAUGCGAGAGUUCGCCUUUGCCCUGAAGUCGCAAGCCGAACUCUCUAAAUCUCUUGGUCGGACACGCUCACGCAAGGGUUCCGUGGAAGCACCCGCCUCACCCCCUUCUUGCAGGCGUAAGAUACCCAAAUUAUCCGAUGACCGGGAGAAGCAGCCGGUAAUUAUCCAGGUUCCGCCGGUUGGGUCAGUUAUUCUUGCUAUCCCGGCGGAGCUGCCUAUGGAUGUCGAUUGCUCUCCAUCGGGAGGAGUCGCGGUUGAUAUCCCAAUUACUGAUACACGAAAUAAUGGACAUCCGAAGGGUGUUGUAGGUGUUUCGAUUUCGGCUUACAGUAAAGAAGAAUUGGAGAAGGAUAACAUCAGUUCAAACGUUCCAGUCUUUAGUGAAGGUAUUGGGGGAGGGCAGAAGGACAAUUUGCAGGCGGAGAAGUCAAAUGCAAAUCAUAGAAAGUCGGUAUCAGAAGUUAAACCGCAAAACUCAACAAGAACAACAACUCCUUCACGACCUAUUUCUUUAGAGUCAGCAGCAGUUUCCUCGGAAGUGAGCAAGUGUCCAUUGAUGAAUGGAUCAGUAGCCAAGCAAUCAAUUGUGUUAGAUGGCAGCCAUGACACCAAGAUUAGCAACGGAUUAGCAGAGAAGCCAAUAAGGAGGUUCACUCGGUCAGCCUUGAAGCUUAUGCCUGUUGCUGCAACUCCACCUAAAAUUGAGCAGGUAGAGAUCCCAGGGGAAGUAAAACCAAUAAGGAGGUUCACAAGGUCGACCUUGAAGUCAGUGCUUCCGGUUGCUGCAACAUUUUCUUCAAUUGAGCAAGAAACCCAAGGCAAAGUAAUACCCGCAGUUGAAGUUCCUCUUACAGUUCAGCAGGAGGACGUGAUGGAAAUCCCAAUAGUUGUUGACAACUGCGGUGGACUAGAUUUUGAAACUGGCCAGCUAGAGGAGUCAAUAAAAGGUGAACAUGAGGGUUCUGUAUCAGUAGCUAUAAUUUCAGAAUUCCAUGACGACAAUGGGACGCAUGAUGUUGCUCUAUUAGAGAAACCUACAAUAACACCUACAAGGAGGUUCACAAGGUCUUUAGUGUCUGCAGUUGAAGAAUCUGCAGUUGCAGAUGGUUCUACACUCAUUAGUGCCGUUUCCGUUGAAUCAGAGGAUUCAAAAGGGGAUAACGAUGCUCUUAAUGAGAGUCUAAGAGCAACGUCAAAGAAGAAGAUGGAAUUGAAGAUGUCAAAGAAGAUAACAUUGACAAAGUUCCCAUCUAAUGUCAGAGACCUCCUAGGUACUGGGUUGCUCGAGGGAUUGCCUGUGAAGUACAUUUCAUGCCCGGGUAAGAAUGUCGGGCUUCAGGGUAUAAUCACGGGAAAUGGAGUAUUAUGCUCCUGCGCCUCAUGCCAGGGAAAAAAAGUUGUUUCAGCUUAUAAAUUCGAGAUUCAUGCCGGUAGCACUAAAAAGCAUCCUUCAGAUUUCAUUUUCUUGCAAAAUGGCAAGAGCCUUCGUGAAGUGUUGAAGUCAUGCACUGGUGCUUCGCUAGACAUGUUGGAAGCUGCAAUUCAGAAUGCCAUUGGUCCCUUGCCUCCUAUGAAACUGUCUCUCUGUCAGAAGUGCAAAGAGUUUUUUGAUACUGCACGAACUGGAAAUUUUGCUUUAUUAUGCAAUUCAUGUCUUCAAACAAGUCAUCAACAAGCAACUCCAACCCCAACAAAAGGGAUGAGUAGCUCAACUAAGUUACCUAGGAGAGUUGUGGUACACUUUCCGUCUGAUGGCACACCUAAGAACUUAUCUUCCCAGAAAAGACCUAGCUACGGAAAGCUAACAAAAAAGGACCUGGGACUGCAUAAGUUGGUCUUUAUGGAUGACAUCUUACCCCAGGGCACUGAAGUGGGAUACUAUGUUCGUGGAAAGAAGUUGCUUGAGGGUUAUAUAAAAGAUUCAGGAAUAUUUUGUGGUUGUUGCAAUAGUGUGGUUAGUCCUUCACAGUUUGAAGCUCAUGCUGGCCAAGCAUCACGACGCAAGCCCUACAAUAAUAUCUAUACUUCCAAUGGGGUGUCGCUUCAUGAGCUGUCGAUUUCCCUGUCUAAAGGCCGUAAAUUGGCAGCUACUGAAAAUGAUGACCUUUGUGGCAUUUGUGCAGAUGGUGGAGAUCUUCUACUUUGUGAUCUUUGCCCCAGGGCUUUCCAUAAAGAAUGCAUAGGACUGUCGAAGAUUCCUAGUGGAGAUUGGUUCUGCCAGUAUUGCCAAAAUUUACAGCAAAAAGACAAGUGCUUGGCUAAUAAUGACAAUGCCAUUGCUGCUGGAAGGGUUGCCGGAGUAGAUCCCAUAGAACAGAUAAUUAAGAGAUGCAUUCGAAUUGUCAGUACACCAGAAAAUGAUGCUGGCGUAUGUGCAUUGUGCAGACAGCAUGAUUUUAGUAGAUCUGGAUUUGAUCGGCGUACUGUUAUUAUUUGUGACCAGUGUGAGACUGAGUAUCACGUUGGCUGUCUGAAGGAUCAUGACAUGGCUGAUCUCCAGGUAUUACCUGAAGGGGAGUGGUUUUGUCGCCCAGAUUGCAGUAGGAUUCAUGCUGCUUUACAUGAGCUGCUUCGUCAAGGACCAGAGAUCCUUGAAGAAUCAGAUGCAAACAUCAUAAAGAAAAAGCUUGAUGAAAAAGGUUUAAGCUCCGAGGCUACUGCUGAUUUAAAAUGGAGACUUCUUAGUAACAAAAAAGAUUCUACCGACAAUGAACUAUUACUAUCUCAAGCAGUAUCUAUAUUCCAAGAGUCAUUUGAUCCCAUAGUUGAUCCUAUCUCUGGUCGGGACCUUAUACCCUUCAUGGUUUAUGGAAGGAAUAUGCGGGAUCAAGAUUUUGGUGGUGUAUAUUGCAUGGUUUUGACUGUGAAAUCAUCAGUUAUAUCAGCUGGGCUUCUUCGUGUCUUGGGAUGUGACAUCGCAGAACUCCCGCUAGUUGCUACAAGGAGGGAAAAUCAAGGGCUGGGUUACUUCCAGUCUCUCUUUUCAUGCAUUGAGAGUAUGUUCAAAUCCUUAAAAGUGAAGCACUUUGUGCUUCCUGCUGCUAAUGAUGCUGAAUCCAUGUGGACAAAUAAGUUCGGCUUCUCUAAAUUAACGCCAACCCAGUUGCGAGAAUACGCAAAAGGAACUCGGCCUAUUAUGUUUCAGGGAACAUCAAUGCUUCACAAGCUGUUACUUGGCCCUCAAGAACUUCCUUUGCCAGCUGAUAGUGAACCAAUAGUAUGCAGCCUUCCUGAUUCUUCCUGAUAUCACAAAAAACUGAUCGAAAUAUUCUUUUUUAUUUUUAUUUUUAUUUUUUUUUCUUAAAAGUUUUAAGUUGCCAGCUUUCGAUCUGUAAAUAGAAGGAUUGAUCUGUAUAGAAUAGGAAUACCGUUGUAACCCAUUACCUAUAGUACAAAAGAAAAAGAGGGAACUAUGGCCAGUUUGAAGGGGGGUGAUAUAGGGAAAAUUAUUAGGUCCGGAUAUCCAAUUAAAAUUUGCCAUGUGGACUGCGCUUUGAUUAUACUUUUUGACUGCGCUUUUUUACUGUGCUUUUGACGCACUUGACUUAAAAUUUUGCAGACACGUGUAUAUUCCACAUGUCAUUAUUUCAUUUCAUUGGACGCCGUACGUAUCUGUACGUCUGGUGUCCGGACCUAAUAAUUUUCUGUGAUAUAGGAGCAAGAGUGCUAAUUUUUGCAGCAGAGGUGGUUUGUAGAAAUUUUUUUUUGUACGGUGCUUUUGUGACUUUGGAGAUCAUUAUUUUUCAUUCUUUAUUAUAAUCCAUUUGUUUAUAAGCAAA